AUGGAGCGACCUCGCAUGGUGGAAGAUGGAAGUCUAGAAGCUUCUCUGCUUCAAAUGGUCGACGAUCACAAUCGUGCCUCCGUUGAGCUCCGAGAACACGCCGAGAGAGCUAAAAGAGAUGCUGUUCGGAAGGCGGCGCGGGUGUCGGAUCUACUGGUGAACGCGGUUAACGGCGGAGUGCAGGAGAUCUUCGUGAACGAGAAGCGGAUUGAAAUGGAAACCCGAGCACUGGCGGCGACCAUCGCGCGGUUCUCGAAGCAGACCGAACGGUGGCUUGCAGCUUCUCACGCCAUUAACAAUGCCGUCAAGGAAAUUGGAGACUUCGAGAACUGGAUGAAGACAAUGGAACUUGAUUGUAAAAGCAUCACUGCUGCAAUCAGUAACAUGCACCAAUCCUGA